AUCAAGUACUACUAUUAUGGAAAGAUGGUGGAAGAAGAAUAGGGUGCAUGCAAAAACAAUCACAAAUUAAAGCUAAAUUUAUUGCACAGAACUGACUAUUCCAUAAAAAUAAAAUCGAAGAGAAGUUCCAACGUAGCUGAAAAAGUUUUAUAUGAUUUUUGAAUUUUAUAGUUGCGUGACAUUUGAAUGAGUUCAUGCAAUAAAAGGAGCUGAAAAUUAGCACAGAAAAAUUCCGUCCUGUUGGUUAUAAAUUGUUGGGAAGGAAAAACAGAGUUAAUAAAUCUUGGUGUCUUUAUCACAGGAAUGAACAAAUUUGAAGCCCUGAAACUAGUUGACGACAAUGAUAAUGGCAGUGACAAAGAAGAAAAUGACAAUCAACAGAAUGGAAAUAUUGAAGAAAAUGGAAAAGAUAAAAAUGAGGAAGGAACGGUAGCAUCCGAGUUUGGUCCCACCCCAGAAGUAGGACCAGGAGAACAUCGACUGCAAUUCCCAUAUGCAUUCUGGUUUUCUAAGCGGUACAGCAACAAAACGUCAUCAGGUGGUUACGAAUCAUCCAUCAAGCUAAUUGGAUCUUUUUCGACAGUUGAGCAGUUCUGGUCUUACUACGCCUACAUGGUUCGGCCGGGUGAUUUACCUGGUAACAGCAAUGUACAUCUAUUUAAACAUGGGAUUAGACCCAUGUGGGAGGACGAGGCAAACAAAGAAGGUGGAAAAUGGAUUCUGCGGCUGAGAAAAGGACUUGCGUCACGUUAUUGGGAAAAUCUUAUACUGGCCAUUCUUGGCGAACAAUUUAUGGUUGACUCUGAACUCUGUGGUGCUGUGGUUUCACUACGGUUUCAGGAUGAUAUUAUUUCUGUUUGGAACAAAAAUGCUCAGGAUCAAAAUACAAUCAACCGGAUCAGGGACACACUAAGACGAAUCCUGAAUCUGCCCCAGAAUACAAUAAUGGAAUACAAAGCUCACAGCGAUAGCCCAAACUAUCGCUCAAGCAUCAAAGACCCACAUCUUUACGCUCAGGAUGGACGAAAUGAAAACAAAUCCCCUUAAUGUAAAGAUUUUAUCACAAAUAAGAAAAGAAUCAUU